UGCUGCCCCGAGCCCUGAGACCCCAACGUGCUCUUUGUUCCUCAUGUCUCGCGGCCUGGCCGUCGGGCCCCCGUGCCUCGUGAGGCCCGGACACUUCCUCACCCAGCCCGACUGGGUCCCCAAGACCCAGGCCUCGGCACGAGAGCCUGCUGGGCGCGAGUGCAGGAAGUCACGGCUCUGCCUCCGACGGGGAGAGAACCGGCAAGGAGGCCAGUGGUCCCGCUCCCGGGGACCCCCGACCCCUCAGCCCGGACUCGGCUCUGCCUUCUCUGAGCUCCCGCAGUUCCCAGAGAGCUCCCAGAGACAGGCUCCCGUCUGCCCCGAGCGCCCCGCUGGUCAGGCGUCUUGUCGUAGGCGCGGCGGCGUCCCCGGCGGUGCAGGGGACGGGAGUGCGGAUUUGGGGAGCCGGGGUCUGCUCGGAACUCCAGCCGUGCGUGCGACGUGCUGUGUGACGGGCAGAUUAUCUGUCCCCCCGGCCCUGCCUGCUCUGGAACCCCCCGGUGGGGUGUGCUCCUCUCCUUGUUCUCUCUUUUAGUCGUUCCCUCGUUUGGGAGUCAUGCCGCAGAGGAAUGGAGAUCUCGCCCGUGUCUGACCUGGUGCGGGGCUCUCGGGGCCGCUCCUGCUCCGCCUGGCCAGGUCUUCAUCUCAGCCGCCUACAGUUGAGCCGCAGCUGAACAGAGCUGUGCCGGGGGACUUCUGGGACUGAGGCCACCACGCCUUUGCCGCCACGGACCUUUGGCAGCGCUCCUCCCACCAGCACUCCAGUGUCAGCACAGGCACCCAGAAGACAAGGGAGGUGUGGCGUGGCCUUGGGACACAUGGCUGAGGCAGAGGCAGGCGAGGCCUCUCUUGGCUUGGACGUCGAGCAGGGGACAGAGUAUAACACCCUGCCUUCCGACACCGUCUCCCUUAGCGACUCAGACUCCGACGUCAGCCUACCGAGCGGUGCUGAUGUGGAAGCUCUGUCCCCAGAGGGGCUUCCUGGGGAGGCCCAGGGGGAUUCAGACCCCGAUGAGUCCCCCUCAUCCCCCAGGGGCUUCCCCACAGUUGAGGUGCAGGCGUUCCACCUGAGAGGCACGAGCACCACCUUCUCUCAGCGCAGCCACAACAUCUUCGACUGCCUGGAGGGGGCAGCCAGGCGGGCUCUGCCCUCUGUGCCCCAAACUGGCAUGGGUGACAAUGGGGGCUUCAAGCGGCCCCGGCUGCCCUCAAGCCAGCCUCCAGCAGAGGGCCUAGGCAGGCCUGUCCCUGACUACGUGGCCCAUCCCGAGCGUUGGACCAAGUACAGCCUGGAAGACGUGGCCGAGGCCAGCGAGCAGAGCAACCGGGCCGCCGCCAUGGCCUUCCUGGGCUCCCAGAGCCUGGCUGCCCCCAGCAACUACGUGCCCUCCUUCAACCAGGAUCCCUCCAGCUGCGGGGAGGGAAGAGUCAUCUUCACCAAACCGGCCCGAGCUGGCGAGGCCAGACCUGAAAGGAAGAGGGUCCUGAGGAAGGCGGGAGAGCGGGGCAGGGGUGCCCCUGGGAACCCAGCAGUGGUGGGGGGUGAGGGUCCUGUGGAGCUGGCCCACCUGGCUGGGCCUGGGAGCCCGGAGGCUGAGGAGUGGAGCAGCCCCUGUGGGGUCCUGCAGGAGGUGGACACGCCAGAGGGGGCCGCCCACACCGGGUCAGCAGCAGGGUCCCCAGUGGUGGAGACUGUUGGCUUCCACGGCAGCAGGAAGCGGAGUAGAGACCACUUCCGGAACAAGGGCAGCAGCCCCGAGGCCUCGGGUGCUGAGGUCUGAGAGGAGAGACUGCCCAGCCAGCCUUCCCCAACCAGGCUGCCCGUGGGCUGGUGUUGGAGGGGCUGCCGGGGGCCACUGCCCACAUAGGGUGGCUUUAGGGGCAGGUGCCGCGGGCCCCGUCCCCACUCCUUUGGGAAGGGAGCUGACGGGCUGCCUGCAGGUGGCGCCAGUGGCCCUGGCUGGGUCUUGGUGCUCUGGUCUCUUCUGAAGCAGAGACCUUGCUGAGGAUGUGGGCCAGAGGACGGUGGAAGCCCUGGCCCAUCCGGUGCCAGUGGGGGACAGUAAAGGUUUUGGGUGUGUCUCAGG